GCCGUGCACCCGAGAGAGCCACAGAUACUCAAGGAGCUCAGGGAUACUACUAUCGCCACAGAUACCCGGUCUCCAAUUGCUUUGGAUCCACACUCUGGGCAAUUGUUGGGUGUGCUUCUGAAGAUGAUAAAUCCAAAGAGAACCAUUGAGAUCGGAGUCUACACUGGCUACUCCCUCCUUGCCACAGCCCUUUCUACUCCUCCUGAUGCCAAGAUCACGGCCAUAGAUCCAAAAGCUGAAUGGUACGAGAUUGGGCUGCCUUUCAUUAAAAGGGCAGGAGUCGAACACAAAAUCGACUUCAUCCACUCACCUGCACUGCCCGUUCUUGACUAUCUCCUCCUCCAAGAGAAGGAAGGGAGCUUCGAUUUUGCGUUUGUGGAUGCGGACAAGCACAACUACGGCAACUACCACGACCGCCUGAUGAAGCUGGUGAAGGUCGGCGGUGUGAUCAUUUAUGACAACGUGCUCUGGGGAGGCACGGUGGCGAACCCCGACGGCGACAUUAAUCUCCCCGCCGACAAGAAAAUGAUAACGAUGAUGGCGAUUGAGUUCAACCGGAGGAUUGCUGAUGAUGAACGUGUUGAGAUCUGUGUCGCUCCCGUGGGUGACGGCCUCACCAUCUGUCGCCGGGUUUCGUAG